AUGGGUGGCGUCCUCGAGGGCGGGCACGACGAUCGCGGACAUCAUGUUGGCCUUGCCUUUGCCCUUGUCCGUCGUCUUGGCUACAUCGUCGUCGUGCAUACGGACCGAGGUGGCAUAUCGCCGUCGGUCAAUACUCGACGAAGCCCUGUACCAAGCCAUCUGGGGCGGCGGGCAGUCUGUGCGUCGUACGCCGCGUGGGGAGUCAACGAGCGCACGCGGUGUCAGUCUCCGAAGCACAAGUCCGAGCGAGCGGACUGGGGAAAGGGUCGUGGACUUGGAGGCAUGAGCAGGUGCAGGCACUCACCGUGGUAG